GGUCGAUCAAAUUGGAUGCCAUAUACUAAAUAUACAUCGAAAAAGCGAAAACCAUUUUUGGACGGCGUCGACGACGACGACGAUAAUUUUGAUGACGAGGACUCUGGCUCCGACUUUGACGACGAUGAAGAUCCAGAUCUAAUAGAAGUGCCUGUGAGCUAUGCCGGCGCCGGUGCAGGUGGCGGCGCAGCUGGUGGUGGCCUGUCGGUGGUGCGGCCCUUCAAGGGAGCGGCAUCCAAGCCACAGGCGAGCGCCACAGCAGCGGGCGGAGCAGCCACUGGCGGCACAAAGGGCAGCACAUCGAUGAUGGAGGCUGUCCAGAAACUGAUCGCCAUGAAUCCGGAAUAUCUGACCAGCGGCAUACCCAACAAUGUGUUCCAGAUGUUCAUGCAAUCGAUGAAGCGCACACCCUCGCCGGCCACCCCCACCCACUCGAUGCCGGGCCCCAGUCCCGGCUCCAUGUCGAUGUCCAUGUCCAUGUCGAUGUCCAUGUCGAUGCAGCAGUCCAUGCAGCAGGCCCAGGCCAAUGCGGCGGCACAAGCAGCUGCCUCAGCCGCCGCAGCGGCUGCUUACGUGCAGCAGGAGGAGGAUGAGGUGGACUACGAGGAGAUGGGCGUGGCCGAGACAUAUGCCGAUUAUUGGCCAGCAAAAUUGAAGCUGGGAAAAAAGCAUCCCGAUGCUGUGGUGGAGACGGCUUCCCUCAGCUCCGUGGAGCCCUGCGAUGUCUACUACAAGAUGUCGAUACCCAACGACACGAUCAGCACCGGACAGCUGAGUGCCCUGCAGCUGGAGUCCAUAACUUACGCCUCGCAGGCGCACGAUCACCUGCUGCCGGAUGGCAGUCGGGCUGGCUUCCUCAUUGGCGAUGGUGCUGGCGUGGGCAAGGGUCGCACCAUUGCGGGCAUCAUCUACGAGAACUUCCUCAAGGGACGCAAGAAGGCGCUGUGGAUAUCGGUCUCGAACGAUCUCAAGUACGAUGCACAGCGGGAUCUCAUCGAUAUUGGAGCCUCGCGCAUCGGUGUUUAUCCAUUGAAUAAGUUUAAGUACGCGAAAAUCAGCUCCGAUGUGAACAACAAUGUGAAGCGCGGCGUAAUCUUCAGCACGUACUCGGCGCUCAUUGGCGAAUCGAACAACAAGACGGGCAAGUAUCGGUCACGCUUCCGCCAGCUGCUGCAGUGGUGUGGCGAGGACUUUGAGGGUCUGAUCGUCUUCGAUGAGUGCCACAAGGCCAAGAAUCUGUGUCCCGUGGGCUCCGGCAAGCCCACAAAAACCGGACAAACGGUGCUCGAGCUGCAGCAAAAGCUGCCCAAAGCCCGUGUUGUGUAUGCCUCCGCCACGGGCGCUUCGGAGCCCAAAAAUAUGGCCUAUAUGGUGCGGCUGGGACUGUGGGGCCAGGGCACGGCCUUUGGCAAUUUCAAUGAUUUUAUCACAGCGGUUGAGCGACGUGGCGUUGGCGCCAUGGAAAUCGUUGCCAUGGACAUGAAGCUACGCGGCAUGUACAUCGCCCGUCAGCUGAGCUUCAAGGGCGUCAGCUUCAAGAUCGAAGAGGUGCCCCUCACCAAGGAGUUCCGCAAGAUCUACGACCAUUCUGUGGAGCUGUGGGUGGAGGCCAUGCAAAAGUUUACAGAGGCCGCCGAACUGAUUGAUGCCGAGAGUCGCAUGAAGAAGACCAUGUGGGGACAGUUCUGGUCGUCGCAUCAGCGCUUCUUCAAGUAUUUGUGCAUUGCAGCGAAGGUCAACCAUGCGGUGCUGGUGGCCCGGGAAUCGAUCAAGUAUGGCAAGUGUGUGGUCAUCGGUCUGCAGUCGACGGGGGAGGCCAGAACCCUCGAUCAGUUGGAGCGCGACGAUGGGGAGCUAACGGACUUCGUAUCGACGGCCAAAGGUGUUUUCCAGUCGUUUGUCGAGCGACAUUUCCCGGCGCCCGAUCGCAAUCGCAUCAAUCGCAUUCUGGGCCUCUACGAUGACACACCGACACCCCUGUCUGCUGUCACGGAAAGUGCUAGCGCCGCCGCCAUCAACAACAACAACAACAAUGGCAAGAGCGGCGCCGGACGGGGCAAGCGGAAGGGAGGCGGCGGCGGCGUCCAGGCCAAGUCGUCGCAGAAGAAGAAGAAAAUGAGCGCCGGGGCGUGGCAGAUGAGCGACAGCGAUGAGGAGGCAGCCCACACACCCAGUCGAGACUUUGGCGCCCACUCGAACAGCGACAGCGAAGGAGCGAACAGCGACGAGGCCUUUGCCGAGGAGGAGGACGAGGAUGAGGAGGAGGAUGAGGAUGAGGACGAGGAGGAUGCCGAGGAGGAGCACGAUGGGGACAGCGAUCGCAGGAGCGUGGCCAGCGAUGCCAGCUCCGAUUUCAAUCCGUUCUUCAGUGGCAGCGACAGCGACAUUGAUCCCUGGGUGAAUGCGCGCAGCAAGAAGCCCACCAAGAAGGCCCAGAAGAAGGUCAAGAAGAAGGUGAAGAAGGAAAAGAAGGAAUCCCAGCCAGCCUCCGCCACCACACCCGCAUCAGCACCAACGACUGGCGGCGAUGCCAGCACCAGCGCCAGCAGCAGUUGCUCUGUAAUGUCCGCCGCUGUGGUUGCCGCUCUGACGGCGGCCAAGUCCCGCAAGUCGCAGCAAUCAACGCAGGAUAAGAUCCAGGAUCUGCUGCAAAAGAAGCAGGAGCUCAAGGGCACCGUCACCCCCGUGGGCGUUAAUGGGGUGAAGCUGAACUACGGCCCACCGCCCAAGGAUGCCAUCGAGCGGGCCUGCACCAUGAAGGAGGAGCUGCUGCGCAAGAUCGAGCGGCUCGGCUCCCGCCUGCCACCGAACACACUCGACCAGCUGAUCGACGAGCUCGGCGGACCCGACAACGUCGCCGAGAUGACCGGCCGUCGGGGCCGUGUCGUCCAGAGUGACGACGGCUCAAUUCAGUACGAGUCACGCACGGAGGCCGAUGUGCCGCUGGAGACGCUGAACAUAACGGAGAAGCAGCGCUUCAUGGACGGCCAAAAGGAUGUGGCCAUCAUCUCGGAGGCCGCCUCCAGCGGCAUCUCCCUGCAGAGCGAUCGUCGGGUGUUCAAUCAGCGGCGGCGUGUCCACAUUACCCUGGAGCUGCCGUGGUCCGCCGAUCGGGCCAUCCAGCAGUUUGGCCGCACCCAUCGCUCCAAUCAGGUGAACGCCCCCGAGUAUAUAUUCCUCAUUUCGGAUCUGGCCGGCGAGCGACGCUUCGCCUCGACGGUGGCCAAGCGCCUGGAGUCACUGGGAGCCCUCACGCACGGCGAUCGACGUGCCACCGAGACGCGCGACUUGUCCCAGUUCAAUAUCGACAACAAGUACGGCCGUCAGGCGCUUGAGACGGUGAUGCGCACCAUCAUGGGCUACGAGGCGCCGCUGGUGCCGCCGCCCACCGACUACAACGGGGAGUUCUUCAAGGACAUUGCCGGGGCCCUGGUGGGCGUGGGGAUCAUUGUGAACAGCGAGAGCCAUCCGGGCGUGCUCAGUCUGGACAAGGACUACAAUAACAUAUCAAAGUUUCUCAAUCGCAUCCUCGGCUGUCCCGUGGACCUGCAGAACCGCCUCUUCAAGUAUUUCACCGACACCAUGACGGCCAUCAUACAGCAGGCGAAGCGCGGCGGUCGCUUCGACUUGGGCAUCGUGGAUCUGGGCGCUGCCGGGGAGAAUGUGAUUCGCGUGCGUUUGAUACGUUUUAUGCGCAAACAUGCCACCGGCGUGGCACCCACGGAGCUGCACACAGUGCGCGUGGAACGUGGCAUGAUCUGGCAGGAGGCCAUUGACAAAUAUGCCGAUCUGUUCAACGACAACGAGGGCUUCUAUCUGUCGCAUCAGCUGCGGAAUCAGAAGCGCACCGCCAUACUGGUCGUAGUCAGCAGCAGCAGCAAGAAGAAAAAGGCGCGCACCAAAAGGGAGAUCAUGUGCCAGAUCUACAGACCCAAUACGGGCCUGCAGGUGCGCCACGAAUCGCUCUUCGAGCUGGAGAAGAAGUACAGAAAGGUUGGCAGCGACGAGGCGGAGACCCACUGGACGGAACAGUACGAUGCGUCGGUGAACACGUGCUCGCACGCCUAUUGGAAUGGCAACUGUCGGAACGUCAGUCUCGGCAACGAUUGUGAGGUGGGCCUCAGGCAGCGUCUAUACCAUGUGCUGGCCGGAUCGGUGCUGUCCGUUUGGGGGCGGGUCGAGCACAUAUUGAAUACACGUUCCAACAGCAAAAUGCAAGUGAUACGCAUGAAGACGACUGAGGGCGAGAAAAUUGUGGGCACCAUGAUACCCAAGUCAUGUUUCGAUCUCCUCAUGAACGAUCUACGCAGCGAUUCCGAGAAGAAGGAGGAGUUUAACUACUAAA